AUGAAUAAUUAAAGAAAGGAUGAGAGAGAGAUAGGCUAUGGAUAGAAGGCUUUACGAAGCAUCCCUAAGUGGGAGUGUCGCGGAUUUAGAAAAUUUGGAGGGCGAAGAUCAACUGAUCCUGGACAGAGUCUCUCUCACCUGCUUCGACCAAACUCCGUUGCACAUAGCAGCAUGGCGAGGUCACUCCGAUUUCACCAGAGCGCUUCUGAGUCGAAAACCCAGACUCGCUACCGACCUCAACUCGGCUCGGUGCUCGCCUCUCCACUUGGCUUCCGCCGAGGGCCACCACGAGAUCGUAAAACAGUUGUUGGAUGCGAACGACGACGUUUGCGAGGCUUACGACGAAGAUGGUAGAACCCCACUCCACUUGGCAGCCAUGAAAGGCCGAGUCGAGGUCAUAAAACUGUUAACUCGGGCUUGGCCUGAGUCAAUUCGUCAGAAACUCGGCAGAGGAGGAGAGAGUGUUCUGCACUUGUGUGUGAAGUACAACCGUUUGGAGGCUUUGAAGACUUUGGUUGACGAAUUGCUGAUCCAAAACGACGCCGGGUUUGUGAACUCUGAAGACCAAGAUGGUAACACCAUCUUGCAUCUUGCUGCAGCUCUCAAACAACUAGACACCGUAGAAUACUUGUUACAAGUAGAAAGUGUCAAAGAACACGCCAAUGCCAAGAACAAGAAUGGUUUUACAGCUUUGGAUGUUGUGGAGGAUUGUCCUAAUAGAGACUUAAAACAAAAGGAAAUCGGCAAGUUUCUUCGGCAAGCUGGUGCUCAAAGAGCCCAAGAUCUCGGAACUCUCGUACCAGAAUCACUUACCAGUGAAGAAAUCGGAACAUUACCCGAUAGUUCUCAAGCUAUUCUCCACCCACUACCAACACCACCUACUGGCGAAGAGAUCAGGAGAUCAUGGAAAUUAAUUUCAUGGUUUUGGAAUAGAUAUUUUAAGGCUGAUGAUGGGUGGUUCAAAGAAGUACGCGGACAUUUAAUAACAGCAUCCACACUGACAACAACAAUGGCUUACCAAGCUGGAUUAAGUCCACCUGGGAGUGUUUGGCAAGAUGGACCUCAAGGUAAAAAUGAAACUACAAAUGACCACACCCAUAUCCCUGGGACAUCCAUUUUAGCCAGCACUGAUGGUACUUAUGCUACUUUCGUAUUGUUCAACACUGCUUCCUUAAUAGCAUCUCUAAGCACUCUCCUUCUGGCGUUAAGUGGAUUUCCUCCUGAGAACAAGUUUUUACUAUUCCUACUGUUAUCCACAAUGUUUUGCUCAAUCACAUGCAUGGCUUUUGCUUAUCUAUUGACACUUGGGAUGAUAAGUCCAUUGGAAAGUUGGGAUUAUGUGGGUUCCAUCACUUCUUCAUCAUUCAUUGCUUGGGUUGGCAUAUGUACAUUUGUUGUUGUGCUUCACAUAAGUCGCGUCGUGGAAUGGCUAUGGCGAAAGUGCAACUUAUUUAUUCAAAAAAGAUGGCCAACAAGACAACCUAAUAAUGAGAAUAAUGUCAAUCCAAUGCUUCGAUCAAAUUUCUUUGAAUGGCUAUGGCUGAAGAGUGGAGAACUUGUUCAAAAAAGAUGGCCAACAAGACGACCUAAUAAUGAAAUUAAUGUCAACCUGUGACUCGCGAUCAGAGACUACUACCGGUAAUUCAAUCUCCAUAGGAGGUUUUUCCUAUUAUUGUUCUGCUGUUAUUUUUCAUGUAGGUGCUUUACUUCUAUUUAAUUAUGUUGUGAUAGUCAAAUAUAGUUUGGUCAACAUAAGUAUGCAUUAUUAGUAGGAAAAUUAUUCAAUAAAUUACCAGAGUGCCGUGCUUAUGGCACUUCUAAUUAAUGAGAUCGCACAAAGAAAGAUGGAUGAGACCA